AUGACGAACAGUAAACCGGUUGUGCCGCUUCGCGGAGUGUUUCUGAGUAAAUUCGAUAUGAGGCGUGGUAACGUCGUCGAGUGGUCCGUCGAUUGCUCGCCCUUUGCCAGUCUCGAGUUCAAAUCGAUGCCGUCCGGGAUCCACGACGUGACGGACGACUCGAUCAGUUUCGUUGCAAAGGACAAUACAGAGGGGAAGUACUAUCUCGGGGUUGCGUUCUACAAGCAGAACGGGUUCGAUAUUAUGGCCGAUGGAAAACAACUCGAUAGGAGCAAAGUGCACAUGUAUUCCCUAGGGGUGAUACUCGACGUCGAGUACGACAGCGAGCGGGGGACAAAACAGGGACCGUUUACAGAGUAUGGACACUACUAUAUCAACAAGCUGGAAUCUUUGUUGAACGCUUGGUUUACAGCCAACGAUGUGAAGAAUACAGACUCAUUCAAGGAUUUCUACGAGAGCCAUGCUAGGGACAAAGAUAUUACUACGUUAGAAUUGGGGGUAGAGAGUCAGAUUCCAAUGAUUCAUUACUUGUACCACUGGAUCAAGAGACUGGGGCCCCUGAUUUUCACACUCUGGAAAUCUUGUCUACUGAAUGAAAGGAUAUUGAUCUUGAACCCGUCAGGAGACCGUAUAGGUACCGUUAACGCUUUAUGCUACUGUCUCUCACUGAUCUCUCAGAGUUGUAAACUGGGGAGCAAGACGAAAUCACCCUUAUUAUUGUACACCAUCGGUACUGCCGACCUGGAAAACAUGAAGAGUAUCCUUCAGGCUAAGCGUGGCAGGGGUUACAUCGCCUGCACAAGCGAUGAGUUGCUCCCAUACAAACACGAGAUCUAUGACAAAGUGCUGAGGGUAAAUUCCAUAUGGAUUGACGAUGAAGAGGACGAAUUGAACUGCGACGUUGUCGAUGAGAGCAAGAAGUUGAAAAUCUUGGACAACAAGGGGAAGCAGAUCCGUGCCACACCAUACGAGCUGGAAUUAUACGAACUCAUGUUGAACACGGUACUGAGGGAGGGAAUAACUAAUCUGGACAGAUUUAAAUACCAACUGCUAGUGGAACCUGUAUCUUGGUACCAAUAUCUUGUCGACACGGCGUAUUUUUUUGGUACUGUCGGAUACGUUCAACCGUUCUUCCAUAUCACCGCAGACAAUGUGUGUCUCCCGGAUACGUCCGUGGAUGUAGACGACUUCAAUGCGAAUGCAGACGUCCUCCUAGCAAAGUCCGUCCAAGGUUAUUUCUACGACAAAACGGCACAUAUAUACAACACCUUGCAAUCAAUUAUCGCAACGCAGAGUGUGGACCCCGCCAUAGGCGAUGGGGUCGUUAUACUACCACAGGAAAUGAAAGAACUGACUCUGGACUGUUUCAGUGCCCAGGAUUACGAAUUUAUUGCUGAGAUCGGUAAGAAAUGGUUCGAUAAGGAGAUUGUUGUCAAUGGAGGCGCGGAUUACUUGAAAUUGGCUUGUUAG